CAUUCCACCAAGGUCCUUCACAGCCGUGUCGUUGCAAGCAUGAUACCCAGGCAUUCUCUCCCGCUCUGCCAUUUCCUGCCUACCCUUCCGCAAAAUGGUGUCCCAAAGCUAGUCGAACGAAUACUCAUACCGGGAUAAGGCUACAAGGCCGCCGUCCAUCCCUCGCUGACGCCUACACCUGGCACGACGCAUCGCCAGCGUGCCGAGUAGCACGAUCACCGCGCUUAUGCUACCGAUCGAGCAAGGGAAAGACUACGAUAACUUCGUGAAGUCUCAGCUCCCUUACAGGCUUCUUGAAAAUCUAGGCUAUGGGGGUAGUGGAUAUGUAGAAAAGGUUGAAGACAUAUUGACUGGCAAGCAAUUCGCGCGCAAAGUGAUACGCAGACGACACGAGCGGCGUUUCAAGGAAGAGCAGACGAUAGUCUUCCGUAACGAGAUCAAGAACAUCCGCAGACUAGGUGGCCAUCCCCACAUCGUCAGUCUUUUUGCGACCUAUACAACCCACGACGAAUUCGGACUCAUUCUACAACCGGUUGCAAGCGACAAAGACCUUGAACAAUAUCUUGCGAACUAUCGAAGCGCCGUCCUGGCAGAAGACCCUGCCUCUCCCGAUCCGCAUGUACGUACCAUGUCGGCAGUCCUUGAGCAGGCCUUUGGCUGCCUCGCCACAGGCAUGUCUUACAUGCACACGAACAAGGUCCGACACAAGGACGUUAAGCUCCAGAACAUACUUAUCCACGAAGGACGAGUGGUCUACACAGACUUUGGAUGCUCCUUCGAUUCGAAUGGGCUCAGCCGAAGCAUAACGGAUGGAAAACCUGGGCCCAUGACCGCGAAGUACUCUGCCCCCGAAGUCUUGGCACACGAAGCCCGAGACUCCAGUUCCGACAUAUACUCACUGGGAUGCGUGUUCAUCAGUAUACUUUCCGCGUUGACGUCGGCAUCGAGGCCUGAGAUCCAGGAUAUCUGGUCGUUCGCCGACAGUAUGGACGACAUCCAUCGACAUAUCGUGCACUGGCAGACUAGCCCGCGAACUGCCUCACUGCCGGUAAUGAUAACCCAGAUGACCGCACAUGACUCUUCAAAACGCUUGUGUGCUGUACACAUAGCUAGCAAGACCCAUCGAUCGCCUGGACUCUCAUGUCAAGAGUGUGCAAUGCAUCCUAUGACCCCCGACUCGGAGUGCGUGAAGAUCGGCACUUGUGUCAGAGGAACACAAGACACGACUCAGGAACGCGUAUCACACACUCCAAAAGAUGCUGAUAAUCCAAGCGAGACAUCGGCCAUGGCUUCUCAGCAUGCGUGUCGGUCGGUCAAGACGAAGGCCUCGAUGCUUAGUCCAAGUAUUCGUACGUCAGGUUCAGCCGUGAUAGGACACAGGUCAUCUGCAAUGCGAGAAGCGGUAUCCAUCUCUGACGAGAGUUUAGCCAAUCUUGUGGAACACGUCCCAGAGACUAUGGAUAGGUCUACCCUUUUGCAGGGACACCUUCCGAGCGGCAUGUCCAUGACGCCAAACAUGACGCCAUACAGGGACAGCCCUACGAUCAUCAUGACUUCUGAUAGCACUGGAGCUCAUGAUGUGUACGCUGACAAGGUCAUCAGCGGUAAUCUUACAUCUAGCCAUCCUACACCUUUCUCAACACCUCCUCCUGCCGAACCUUCGCCGCGACGAGUCUCCACAUUUCCAAUGAUGCAGCACAAUAAUAGUGCUGUAUUUCAUGCGCAAGAAACGCCGGAUAAUGCAGAGCCUAAAACCUUCCUCCUAGGGCAGGGUCGAGUUGGGCUAGGGCGUUCUCACACCACACCAGGAGCAAGCUUCACCAACUCGUUUAUCACGUAUCUUGGUAUGCCUAAGACUCUUGCGGGGGUCCCUACAAUCCUUGUUUUUCACGAGGGGACUUUCAGUCACUGCAUACCAGUACGCAUAUAUCACUCUUGCAGUGUCCGCAAUACCGAGCCAGACCAGCAGGUGUAUGGUAUGUUCAACACCGCCAAUACACCAUCCAGUAUCAGGAUGGACAGCGCACAGGCUAAAGAAGUCAUCUCCAUGCUUGAUGUCGAUACAAUGUCGGCGAACGUACCCCACAUUUAUGCUGAGAGCCAUCAUGACCCAGGCUAUGCAGUCAUCGCAAGUGAGGCGCGAGUGGCUCCCAAAGAACAGCAUCAGUCUGCCAAUGGGAGCGCAGUCGUGCAACAGAACGUUUCUCUGCACCAUACGCAGAAGAGCACCACAGACUAACCUACGCAAUCAGCGUGAAGGAAACACGGAAGGCCUUCAAAUGACAUUCUGAAGUCGCCGGAAUCAAUACUAUUUGACACCCCAACAGUUACGGGGUGUUCAAAGACCCUCUGCAACAUACGCAGGGUUGAUUUUGUUAUUUAUUUCUCUGGUGGUUGUGUUUCAUUGCUUACGGCAUAAUCCUCAUGUAUGGGACGUGACAUCUACGGCCUCUCACACUUUUCGGGAUUGAUCAGCUCUUUCCUUUUCUACGAGACGCUGAAGGCUUGUCGCCGGACAUGCCGAUCAAGUCAGCACACAUAGCAUUUUACGACCUUUCCUAAGUAGUCUACAUGUGAGCAGACUCUCUUUAAAAACAGCUACACGUUUCCUUAUUUACCGCGAUACAUUAACGAAUUAAACA